GAGCUCUGUUUCCUUGUCGGGGGUCAGCUGAACUGAGAGUCAUGAACAGGAAGACAUGAUAUCAUGCAGUGUCAAAGUGACUAGUUUAUUGAGGGAUACAUAGCUGACUGAGGGGUGUACCUCUGUUUAUCCUCAGAAAGACCCCGGGAGGCACAUGGAUUGUAACAGAUAGCAUGUACAUGCAUUCAGAGCCGCUUAUAACACCGUCGAGAAGAGUUAUAAUGAAAAUGAUGAUUGGAUUGCUGCUGGCAAUGGUCUUAACAACAGAAGCAGAUCCCAGAGUAAAGCGUUAUCAAGUGGCUACAGGCGAGACUGGGAGAUACAUAGGAAGGACAAAUCCUGGAGACACCUUUAUUUGUCACUAUUAUGUUCAUGGAAUGAAGUAUGAAAUUUCUGAUCACUGUGAGAACCAGAAUAAAGAAGGGAUUGUUGUGAAGGGAGAAAAGUUGUAUCCUUGGUGUUAUCCAGGCACAGGCUUGUUUCCUUCAUGUGGUUCCCUACCUGAAAUAAGAUAUGGCUACUGGAUGUGUCCUAAGAAUGUAUGGAAAGACUCUGUAGAGGUAUAUGCUGUGUGUGCCGCCAAGUGUUUACGGGGAUACCACCUGGAGGGGGACAUUGUUGUACGGUGUCCUGAGUCUUUGACAUGGAACAACUUUACUUCUCCAAAGUGCAUUCCAGAUCAUGAUCCUCCUGAGAGGCCUGGACAUGUUCAUGUUCAAGUGCUGAACACCACUGCUGUAAAUGUGAGCUGGACAUCACCAGUAAAUGACACAUCUAUCAUUGGUUACAAAGUCCAUAUCACAUGUGAUGAUAAUUACAAUCUGUCACUGAACUGUACAUUGAAUUCACUCAUCAUAUCUAAAUUAGAGGUGCUGAAGAAUUACACCAUCACAGUCACUGCUUUUAACCAGUACAAGGCUAGUCUGCAAAGUGAUCCAGUUUAUGUAGAAUUAACAGAUUCUUGCCAAUUGUACAACAUGAGCUUCAUCACCAAUAUACCCCAUAAAGUAAUAGUGUAUUGGAAUGCAACAAGAGAGUGCCAGGAUAGGAACCUCAUACUUACAAUGGCUAAUGAACAUGGUCAGAGAAAUACAAAAUAUUUGAAGAAAAACACCAGUUUCCUUGUCUUCCAUCAGAUUGGCCUUGACACAGAUUACAGAGUUUAUAUAUUUAUAGAAGAGAAGGAGGUUAUCUCUGGAACAUUUAAAUCUGCAACCAUGAAUCCUCCUGAGAGGCCUAGACAUGUUCAUGUUCAAGUCAUGAACACAACUGCUGUAAAUGUGAGCUGGAUAUCACCAAUAAAUGACACAUUUAUCAUUGGUUACACUGUUCAUAUCACAUGUGAUGAUAAUAACAGUUUAACUCUGAACACCACAACAGAAUCGCUCAUCAUACCCAACUUAGAGGUGCUGAAGAAUUACACUAUCACAGUCACUGCUUUUAACCAGUACAAGGCUAGUCUGCAGAGUGAUCCAGCUAAUGUAGUAUUACCAGGAAGAAAAAGAAAGGGAAAAGAUGAAACACAAAUAGUUUCAGUCUUCCUAUUUCUGAUGAUAGCCUUAGCUGCAGUUGUUGUGCUGAUUAUCAUCUUAUUUAUAUGUAUAAUUUGUGUGCUGUCGAAAAGGAAGAAAAAGAUAAAAGGUAGAGGAAGAGCAGUUUCAAAUGAAGAAAACAGAGAGAUGCUGGAAAUGGGGCCAAACAUGGCUAAUAAUGCUGGGGUUAAAGUUGAAAAUCCUGCCCGUGACCCCUCCAUAUCAGACAGAUUCCUAGUACAGGAGUCUGAGCAUCAACUGCACAGCAAUCCUCCAACUCAAAGCAGGGAUUCUCACGAAAUCAUGUCUUCUCCUCCUCUGGAUGCACAAUCCUUGAAGUCUUCAGAGGACAGUUUGGACAUCAGUGAAGCACCAGAUCUAAACUGUGAUUCCCUCUCUCCUCGUGAGGAAUCAUCAAGCAUGGGAAACAUUUCACAGUUUCCUAGUUCAAAUGAAGGACUUUCUUCUAUUCUUGAACAAAUUGAUACAGUUGAACCAGUGAAGAGAACUCAAACUGGGUACCAAAAGAAAGUGCCGGGUUCUGACUCUGGCCGGGGGUCUGUCGCAGGGACAAGCUCUACGACAUCAGAUCCUGCAGACUUGAAGCCGAAUUCUUCACAGGGUAGUGACAAAUUACCUCAAGUGCCAAGUUACAAUCAUCAAAUUUCUGCUGACUCAGGCAGAGAGUCAGAAACAGAAAAUGCUACUGAGCACUCUGGGAACUAUAGGUCCCAGACAGGCAGUGCCAAAGGAGGAAAGGCUGCAGCUGUGAUUUGUGAUGUUAAAAAGGAUAUUGUUAAUCUUAUUUCAGAGGCUGUAGAGAAAAAACCUAAUUUACAUGCUCAGCCUUUUCUCACAGACAUUUCUGAAAGGAGUAAUGAAGAGGAUAUCUCAUUGAAAUCCAAUCAAGAAGAUUGCCUCUGCACCAUUGCAGCAUUCAUUGACAGUCCCAAGAGUUACCAGCAUCUGGAAGACUUAGGUGAUUUACUUGACCCAGAUGAUUACUAUGGAUCACUAAGAAGCUGGAAGGGUUUUGCCAAAGAUGUAUUAAAAGUGGAAGCAUACAAAAUUAUUGCCAUUGGAACCAGGUGCAAAGGUGGUAGUCCUUUUCGGACAGAAGUUCUGGAUUAUAUGAAAGCCCAAGGGACCAAGAUUGGACAUAUAGUGUUUUAUUUUUCAAGGGCUGAACAUUUUCGCCUAGAUGUGUUGGAAAAAAUUACUAAAUUCCAUAUAGGAUGUAAAUUCUGUGAUAACAUACUAAAACAGUACAAAUUGUAUGACGUCAAAGAAAAUGAAAUGGGUAGUUGAGAUAUGUUAUUUUGUGUGAUACAUACAUGUAUGCAUGAAGUGCAGAAAAUGCGCAGUUCAGAAAAGGUCUGUGAUAGGCUUGAACUUUGAGGGUUUGAAAACAAGGCGUCCAUGGAACUUCUUAAAGAUAAAAAUGAAUUGUCCACAUCCAUAAGUGUCUGUCUGCAAUCGGUAUUGACUGCUACUGUGAAAACCAGUACAUGUGUAGGUUGAAGAAGUUAAACACCACUUAUCUUUUAUUUUCAUUUAACAUUUUGUAAAAAGUAAGUUUUAAAGGAUUAUUGUAGAUGUAUAAAUUCUAAUUCAAAGGUUGCCUCAAUUUUCAUGUUAUAUAAGUAAUCAAAUUGAAGACUGUGAUCAUUGUUUUGACAUAAUAACACCAGGCUUGGCACUGGAUGGACAGGUCCAUUGCAGAUUUUAGGGGACUGACUGCAUAUUAUGCCUGAGUCUCUAAAAUACAUAUUAAAUGCAUUUUUUUGGCAUCGAGCAGAGCUCAAACGUCAUCUAACCAGCAUCCCAUUGAAAGCGCAACCAGAAUCUACGCAACCAAAGGUGUCAGUCAAUGCAUCCGCAAAAGAAAAUAGCAAUUUUGUAUAUCCAUUUUUUCGAAAAUGCUCACAAUGAAUAAUAACUUGAAAAUAAAAUUGCAUCAAUUAUAUCUACAAUUAAUUCGAUUACAAAUCACAGAUAUUUUGAGGGGGUUUUUUACACAAGAAAAAAGUGAAAGUUGAUGCAGACGAAUUUCUUAAGAAAGCUAGUGUGCAUUGAAUGACAUGAAUAGCAUUUUGGAAGGACAACCAUGUAAAAGAAACAACCCACCAAAUAUGAAUACUAGAAGACUAAAAACAUUGAAUUUCAAAAUUUCGACCUUACUUUUACAAUCUUAUAACCAGUUUUAUCAUUGCCUGUGUGGCACAGUGGUUAGAGUGUCUGCUCUAGAAUCACAGAGUAAGGAGCUGAUCCUUACAUUACAGGUUCAAAUCCACUGCAGGACGUGGAGACCGGUCCUUUGGAUGAGACGAUAUAAAUUGAGGUCCCGUGUUGCAGUAGUUUUUGGUACGAAAAAGAUCCCUCACUGCUCAAUGGCCCUGAGUGCCGAGUAUAGGUAUAAAUUUGCAGCCCUCCACCGAAAAAGUGGUGGCGUCUCCAUAUGAGUAAAAAAUUCUCAUGAGGGACGUUAAACAACAAACAAACAAACAAAACCAAUUUUAUCAUAAAAACCAAAUUUAUCAUCCUCUUUUUGUAUUUCUCCAUUUCUUCCAUUUCAUAAUGUACAUGUACUGUGUAAUACCCAACACAAUACCAUAGCCCAAUCGUAAAUCAUAGUUGUAGCAGAGCAGAGACAUGUUGGUUGUUUAGAUGCAAUCACUUAAAUAAUGCUUAGACAUUGACAAUUAGAAAAAUUUUAUAUAAAUACAUUAAAUCUGUCGUAGUUUUUCAACUGACUGAAUAGAGACGAAUUAAAUAUGUUUGAUAGUGUCUGGUCAAUUCAACCCCUGCUUUAUUUGGAUCAAUGCUUAAGGCCCUCAAACUGUAAUUGUGACAUAUUGUUUGAAACUAAAAUUUCACAUCUAAUUCAAAAAGUUUUUCAUGUUUGAAGCCAUGAAAGCUUUUAAGUCUUCUGAUUUUUUUAAUCUCAAUAUGUAUAUACAUGUUUAGGAAAUAAAUACAGUCAAACCUUGUUAUCUCAAACUCGAUGUGACCGAGAAAAAACUUCGAGAUGUCUGAGGAUUUGAGAUAUCCAGGGUAAAAUAUAUAAAGAAUAAGAGGUUGGGACAUCCAAAUCACUUCGACAUAUCUGAGGUAUUCGAGAUAUCAGUGUUUGAGAUACUGAAGUUCAACUGUACAUGAAUACUCACGAUUUACUGUACAUUUUGAACUUAUGUUAACUUUAAAAUUUGUGGGAGAAAAGAGGAAACACCUCAGUGCAUGAUAUAUCAUUCAAAUAAAAAGUUUUGUAAUUUUAUUUCUGCUAGAUACCAUUGUUAACCCACCAUUUAAUAAUUAAUACCUGACUUUGCAUUCGAUAAAUUUUUAUGAAAGUAGGUUAUGUACUUUAAGCUGAAUAUGUUUUCCUAAGGCCUAAUUGUAAUUAUUUUUAUGUAAACUAUUUUGUAAAUUUGAAAAAUAAUAUUUAAGUUUUUUACUAUUAAUAAACUUGUUCAUUUAACAUCCCAAAGUGAGAUACUGGGGCAGCUAAUACUCUCCAAUGUACUUCAAGUAUUAGACAUGUAUCAAGUUACCUUUUUUCUAAAUUGUAUUGUCUAUCUUAUUUAUUUAAAUUAAGAUUAUGUGUUGUAUACAGGGAUAUUUAUUUGAGUUUAGAAUGAAAAUUGUUAUUAUAUUGUAGCACUAUUGAAUGGAUUGAAAGUGCAUUUUUAGCUCACCUCAACGAAGUUGGGGGGGAGCUUAUGUGAUACCCUUGGCGUCGUUGUUGGUAUCCCGGGUCAAAGUUUUUGGUGCAGUUUUUUUUUUUAAGUAAUUCUGUGCCCCACAUUAAUCAGAGAUGCAUGGAAGAUGUUUCUAUGGUGUUUCAUUGUAUCAGUCGAGAUUUCAGAUGCUGCAAUUUCAGCUAAGAAAUGACCAGAUUAAUGUUUUUAGAUCAGGUUAAGGUUUUUAGAGCAGGUGAAAGUUUUUGGAGCAGAUUACUCAUUUCCAGUUAACUAUAAGCCCUAUGUUGACCAAACUUGCAUGGAUGAUACAUCUAAGGAUGCACACUACUGGACUUGCUUCAGAUGCUGGAUUUGAUCUACAUUUUCCAUAUGAGUGACCAGGUUAAGCUUUGGAGCAGGUUAAUUUCUAAAGUAACUGUGAACUUUAUGUUGACCAAACUUGCAUUGAUCACACUAAGGAUGCACACUAACAGGCUUGCUAGAUCUGACCUACUUUUUCCGGAUGAGUGACCAGGUUAAAGUUUUUGGUGCAGGUCUCAUUUCCAAUUAACUAUAAGCCCUGUAUUGAUCAACUUGUAUGUAUGAUACGUCUAAGAAUGCACACUACUAAACUUGCUUCAGAUGCUGGAUCUAACCUACAUUUUCUGGAUGAGUGACCAAGUUAAAGUUUUUAGUGCAGGUUUUUGCUACAGUAACUAUUUGUUACACCUUGAACAAACAUGCAUAGAUGAUUCAUUUAAGGAUACACAUACUUGACUUGCUCUGGAGGCUGGAUUUGACCUACAUUUUCCAGAUGAGUGACCAGGUGAAAGUUUUGGGCACAGGUCCAUUACCAAGUUAACUAUAAGGCCUAUCUAAACCAAAUACCCUUGGCAUCAGCAUUCCAGGUUAAAGUUUUUGGAGCAGUUUUCUUUUCAAGUACUAUGCCCUACAUUAAUCAGAAAUGCAUGGAUGAUGCUUCUAGUGUGUUUCAUUGUACCAGUCAAGGUUUCAGAUGCUGCAAUUUCAGCUAAAGAAUAACCAGGACUUGCUUCAGAUGCUGGAUCUGACCUAUAUUUUCCAGAUGAGUGACCAGGUGAAAGUUUUGGGCACAGGUCCAUUACCAAGUUAACUAUAAGGCUUAUCUAAACCAAACUUGCAUGGAUGAUGCAUCAAGGGAUGAACACUUAAAUUUUCUUCAGAUGCUGGAUUUGAAUGACAUUUUCUGGAUGAGUGACUCAUUUAAAGUUGUUAGAUAAGUCCAUUCCCAAGUAACUGCAAACCUUUUCAGAUCAAAUUGUGUAAAUGUUGCAUCUUGGGAUGUACAUUACUAGAUUAUUAGUUUGAUGUGGGUUUUGCCUUAAUUGAAGACAACAUUUGUUGAGCUGAGCUCUGUAAUCUCUGAUUACCUAUGUUUGUUGUCAUGUACUCUGGGUUACUGUAUUUAUGUCUGGCUGGUCUUUUUAUGACAUAUUUUCAUUAACUUUCCACUGUUUACAACAUUGAAUAUUCUAGUAGAAUAUCUGAUUAUGCAAACAAAUAAUUAUAAUUAUAUCUAUAGUGAGUAUUUGAUGAAAACCAAACCACCUUUUUAAUUCAAGUUUCAAAUAAAAUCUAUUUCA